AUGACAGCUGACGUUAGGUCAUAUUUGGAUUUUCAAAAACAUGUUAUAUUUGCUACUUGUAAAGAUUUGUUGAUGUUCUAUUUUCGAAAUUACUUCUUGGGUGCAUAUUUAAAUGAAAAAAAUAUGGAAAGUAUCAACGAGGAAUACAUAACAAAAAUAUUAGAAUGUGUUGUAUUUGAGUGCAAAAUAGAAAAAUGGAAAUAUAAAAAAGAAACUUUCCUAAACAUAGCGCAAAAUUAUUUUGGAGUAAUCAUUCCCAUUUCGUUAAUAGGCCACAAUAUUGAAGGAGAAGUAGUCUUAAAUCUUGUUUUAAAAUUAGCUCCAACAGAUGAGAGAUAUCGUGUAAGCGGUGCUGUAACCAUAUUUUUUGCAAAGGAAAUAUUUGUUUAUUCCUCCGUCCUACCAAAGUAUCAGGAUAUUCAGAAUAACAUAACUACUUUAUCAGGAUUUGUCGUGCCAAAAUGUUUCUGUAUAAAUAAUGAUUAUUGUAUGGAAGUUAUUGUAAUGCAAAAUAUGUGCACAGAAGGAUAUCAUCCAUUCACUAAAGAUAUAUUUUUGGAUAUAGAACAUUUGCUUUUAUCAGUAAAAUGCCUGGCACAAUUUCAUGCUCUUUCAUUUAUUCUAAGGGAACAAGAUACAGCUUUAUAUGAAUCGGCAAAAAGUACAUGUGUCCCCUUGCAUAGGGAAUCUAACAAGAGAUUUUUAGAUAUAUUAAAGGAUAGGUUAAAUAAGGGUUUUGUUAAGUUUUCAAAUACACAAUAUGCAGCUCUGUUCCAAACUUUGGAUAAAGAUUGUGAAAAUAUUGUUGAAGCCAUGUAUAAAUCUGUUAAUGAAACUUGCUUAUGCCAUGGAGAUAUAUGGAAAGAAAAUUUACUCUUUAAAUACAUGGAUGGCCACCCAAUCUCUGUGUGUAUGAUAGACUAUCAAACCACAAGAAUGUCGAGUCCAGCAUUUGAUAUCCUCUACUUAAUUAUAACAGCCACUACAUCACAUUUUCGGAGGCAACAUUUCAAACAACUAUUGGAUACAUAUUUCCAAACUUUAGAAGAAAUUCUGCGUGAAGCCAAUGUAUCAAGCAUUACAUAUUCUAGGCAAAUGUUUGAAGAAGAUUUGAGAAUAGUCGGACCAGCAUGUUUUUGUAUAGCUAAUACCGCUAUAUGGUUAUCAAGUGGUCUACAGCAGGAGGGACAUGUUAGAAGUAAAAUUAUAUUGGACACGGAACAAAAAAGAGAACUGGCUACGAAUCAAUACAAAACUAGGAUUAAGAAUAUUAUAGAUGAUUUAAAUACCUAUGGUUAUUUGAAUGUAGCAAUGUCCUAAUAUACUUUGAAGAUUCAUUACUUUUUCCUGGGUGAACCGAUUUUGAUAAUUCUUUUUAUAUUCCAAAAGUUGUUACUUGUCAUGUGGUUCCCAUUUACAUUUGGUAUAUUCCUCAAAAAAUUUUGACAGUUUAGUUUAUUUGUUAAAAACUGUUAUUUGUAAAUAAGUAAAUAAUCAAUUCCAUUUGUUAUAUUGUUUGUUUUUAAUGUUGAAUGUUGUUUAUUUUUUUAUUUUACUUUAAGUGUUUUAUUUUUUUGUUUGAAUGUAGUCACAACUAUGACUGCUUAUUUACCCAAUGAUAUUCUAAAAUGCAAAAUACUCUAGUUAUUUCUAUUGAAUUAUUUACAUACUGUAAUGUUAUUUACAAUUAAAUGGAUGAAAUAUUUCUUUUUAUUUGU